AUGUCUGACAACGAAGGCCCUCGCCACGACAACAAUUCGUCGAAUCGCGACCGAGGCGACAAGAAGCGCAAAUGGGCCGACAAAGAUCGCAGAAAUGCUUCGAGGGGAGGUGGUGGACGGCACCAGCAUGGAAGCCGUCCGAAUAAGAAGAGAAAUAUGGGGCACCGACGAGAUCGCAACCUCGAACAACAAGCCAAAUAUAAGGAGCAAGAAGAGAAGGGUGAAGAUAGACCAGCUCUGCCUGCUGCCUUCCCUGCCGAGGAGGUUGAGGCAGAAGAGCGCAGGCCGAAACGCAAAGUCGCAGUCAUGAUCGGCUACUCAGGCACUGGCUACAAGGGCAUGCAGAUCGACUACAAACAAAAGACCAUCGAAGGCGAUCUAUUCAACGCUUUUGUCGCAGCCGGUGCCAUAUCCAAGGCAAACGCAUCAGACCCCAAGAAAUCGUCUCUCGUCCGUUGCGCGCGUACCGAUAAGGGCGUUCAUGCUGCAGGCAAUAUUGUAUCGUUGAAGUUGAUCAUCGAAGAGGAAGACAUCGUUGAUAAGAUCAACAGCCAUCUACCUGACCAGAUCAGGGUUUGGGGCAUCCAACGAACUAUCGGCUCAUUCAGCUGUUCCCAAGCAUGCGCCUCUCGAUGGUACGAAUACUUGAUUCCGACACACUCAUUCCUCCCGCCGCAUCCUUCGAGCUACUUAGGAAAGAAGUUGGAAGAGUACGCGGAGAAAGAGAACGAUGUUGAGGGCUAUCGGAAGAGACAGGCCGAGGUCGCCAAUUUCUGGCCUGAGGUGGAGGAGAAACACAUUAAACCCAUCUUGGACUCACUUGACGACUCAAUACGACCACUGGUGCUAGAGGCACUUUACAAUGUCGAUGUGAUUGAUGCGCCGCCUGGCGGAGAUCGCAUAGUCGAUGCCUCCAUCGAGCAUAUCGAGCGCAAGACCAAGGAAGAGAAGUCUGCGGAUACUGCGAUGGUGGACGGAGGCGACGUUACUCCUAGCGAACAGACCGCAAACGAAGUCAAAGAAGCCAUCGAUACGAUACAACAAAACGAACCUAGCAUUACCCUCGACAGCUCCACGGACGGUUCCCGUCCUCUCCCUGAAGGUGUCGUCAACCAACCCGUCCUCGAAGAAGCCAUCAAAGCCCUAAAGAGGGCGUAUCUAGACGUGAAGAAGGCUUACCGCAUCUCCCCCGAGCGACAGGCCCGAGUCCAAGCUGCACUCGACAAUUACCUCGGAACUCACCGCUACCACAACUACACCGUGCACAAGAAGUACAACGACAAGUCCGCCCAGCGCUAUAUCAAGAGCUUCAAAGUCGCACCUAAGCCUAUCAUCAUCAACGAUACCGAGUGGUUGAGUUUAAAGGUACACGGUCAGAGUUUUAUGAUGCACCAAAUCCGUAAGAUGGUUGGUAUGGCUGCGUUGACGGUACGAUGCGGUACCGACCCUGAAAUCAUGGAAAAGAGCUUCGGUAACGAGGUUGUCCGGAUACCCAAGGCUCCCGGCCUGGGCCUGUUGCUCGAGAGGCCCGUGUUUGAGUCGUACAAUGCAAAGUCAGCUAAGCAGCAUGGACGCGAUCCCAUUGAUUUCGAGAGGUACAACGACAAGAUUGAGGCUUUCAAAGAAAAGGAGAUUUAUCAGCGUAUCUUCCGUGAAGAGGCAGAGGGCAAUCAGUUCAACACGUUCUUCACGCAUUUGGACAACUACAAAGAUCCACAAUUUCUUUACUUGACCUCCGGCGGCAUCGAAGCCACAAAGAGGAAGCGUGAAGACAAGUCUACACAACAAAAGUACGAAGAAGACUCUGAAGAUGAGAAUGCCAGUGGUGGCGAAGGUUAG